AUGAAAAAAGAUAUAGCUAACAUUCCCUCAACAAGAUUACAAAGAAUUAAACUGAAACUCAGUAUGCUCUAUGUACCUAGAUCUAUAAGACAAAUUAUACUAAAAAAAGUUCAUGAAUGUCAUUUUGGGAUCACCAAGACUAGAGCUAGAGCUAAAUUAUUGUUUUAUUGGGUUGGGAUGGAUGUUGACAUUAGUAAUUAUAUAGAAAGUUGCAUGGUAUGUCAAAAAGUCUAUUAUAAGGAGGAUGAAAGGUCUAAAAUCUGGAAAUCUGCCAAAAUUGUAAAGGUUUUGAACAACCCUCGUUCUGUACAAAUAAUUGAUAAUAAUGGAGUCCUAAAAACUAGAAAUACUAAAUUUAUUAAAACAAGCAUGGAAAAAGAAGUAGAUUCUAGCUAUCCAAGCAUAUCGAAGAAAAACAGGACAUCGUUUGAAUGCUCGUCUAAUGGACCUGAGACUGAAGAGAUGCCGCGCGUUGAAGCGGUACGGGGGAAAAAAAUAUCGGAUUUUUUUUUUUCGGAUGAAAAAAAUUUUACCGUAGAAGAGAGCUACAACAAACAAAAUGAUAAGGUGUACGCACACAGUAGUAAAGAAGCGAGCAACCGUAUUCCGCGUGUCCAACGAGGCCAUUUUCCAUCCUCGCUCAUGGUAUGGUUGGGAGUUUCUUAUUGGGGCUUAGCAGAGGUACAUUUUUGUGAGAAAGGUGUAAAAACGAAUGCAGUUGUGUAUCAAAAUACAGUCCUGACGAACCUUGUGGAAGCUGUUUCUCAUACCAUGUUCAAUAACAGGCACUGGAACGACGGUCUCAAGUUAUGGGAAGACAAAGGCUGCCCUACCAACAAGCUAGUCGUCGGCAUACCUUUCUACGGGCGCACUUUCACCCUGUGUGCCGGUAACCAUAACUACGAACUCGGGACUCCCAUCAACAAGACGGCCGGUGGCGGUAACCCCGGUCCUUAUACCAAUGAGACUGGAUUCAUGGCUUAUUACGAGAUCUGCAUGAAGGUGGACAAUCCGGAGUUCGGUUGUAUCAAGAAAUGGGACAAGUACGGCAAAUGCCCGUACGCUUACAAAGACACCGAAUGGGUUGGGUACGAGGACCCUCGCAGUGUGGAAAUCAAGAUGAACUGGAUUAAGGAAAAGGGCUACCUGGGCGCCAUGACAUGGGCCAUUGAUUUGGACGACUUCCAUGGUCUUUGUGGGGAGAAGAACCCGCUGUUGAAACUGCUCCAUAAGCACAUGAGCUCAUAUUGUGUCCCGCCAGCUAAGACCAUUAUACAAUGGUUUAUUGAAGAAGGAAGGAUGACACCAUACAAAAUUAUAAUUAAAACAGUUGUGGAUACCUUCAUAAUAAAAAAAUUUCAUUGUUGACAAAAAACAUUCUUAUUACUUAGUAUUAAGGUUUACAGUAAUUUAUAACACCUAUUAGACAUACAUUACACCCUGCCACUUAUUCUUUGAUACACAAACCAAAUAAUAAUAAUAAUGAAGUACCGUUAGUGAGGGUUACUUUAGCCCGGACGGGUAACUUUGUCCCAAAUCAGAAAAAAUAUUGAACUUGCCGCCCCAUCAGUAUCUCUUGGCUGACCGUAAUAGUUCCAGUUGAAAAUCACAGAUAGCCAUAUAGGCGCGUAGUGUGGUGUUGUUUUACCGACAUCGUUCCUGUAUCAAGUUGUCACUGUAACGCGGGAUUUUUUGUAACUGAAAUAGUUCGCAAGUUCAUGCGCAAACUUUCUCAAAACUGUGGUUUCGGUAAGGUUACUAUUUUUUCUAAAUUUAAAGUUAUAUUUUUUAUUUAACUUAAUUAUUUUUGGGCAAAAACAUCCAUUUGUGUAUUCAGUAUGCUAAUGGUGAUCUGUUAUAAGCGUUACUUAACCCCAAUAUGGCUUAAAAUGAGUUUUUUCACAGAGAAAACUCAACGAGCUAAAGUAACCCUCUUUAAGGCCAACUUUGGCCCAAAAUAAAAAAAUAAAUAUUAACCCUUAAAUAUUUUUUUUUCCUAUUUUCGUAUGAUAACCUUGAAACUUAUACUUUAAAGUUCACAAUGGAAAGAUAUAAACGUGACAUAUUCAUCACAGAGAAAAGCUACAAUUUUUUUUUGAAAAAAAAGUGCACAUUUUUGGUCAAAGUAACCCGCAGUUACUCGGUACAAAAGAAAAUAUAAUGACAACUAUAUUGUAUAACAUCCUAAAAAAACAAAUUAAUUUCAAUAAAACACGGGGUUACCGAAUCUUUCCACCGGUUUUCUGACCCGUAUACAUAUGUCCGGAUCGUCUACUGCAGGCGCGGCGGCUGGCGCGCCAGAGCUAUCAGUUGACUCCGAACUGGGGCACGAAAGAAUUGAAAUCUACAAUCUCCUUCGUAUCUGAUCUAUGUGCCUCUUAAUAAGUUGACCGUUUUCCCGAGCUACACUAUAACUACGGGAACCUAUUUUUUUUUCCAUUUUACCCUUAGACCUUUUAUCAUCCCCCGUGCCAAAAUCUCUAACCCAUACCUCCUCUCCUACUUCAAAACUACUAACGAGACCCCCCGAGAUUUUUUAUCUGAUUUUCCGGCGCUAUUUGUGCGUUGGUUGAUCUAAUCUAG